AUGUACGUUUUGCCAAAACCUAAACUGGUCAAGGAAAACCUCGAUACCCCUCCUGUGAAAGUAAGAAAUGAUAGGCAAUUGCAUGGAUUUUUGUGUCUUCACAAAGUCGAAAACGUUAGACUCUGUGUAGAGUUUAAACUGAAGAAAAAAAAGGUUGAAGAAGCUAGCAAAGAACCAGAAGAAUUUCUGCAAAAAGAUGACCCAUUUUCGGCAGAGGAUGAAGAUUCAGAUGAAGACAAUGAUCGAUUUGAUUACUGCGACGAUUCUGAUGGAGCAACGUCUGAUGACGAAAACUUUACCUCAUAUGGGUUUCCGCCAGACCAAGUACAAGAGAGUCAGGGAUCUCCUACAAAGAUAAGUUCAGCGACAGUCCUAAAGACACCAAAAGGAGAUUGUACGCAUAAUAGGUUCGACUUGAGCUCUUUCAAACUGGAAGUGGGGCAGAGUUUUGAUUCAAAAGAUGCAUUGGCUACACGUCUGAAGAUCUGUUCAGUCGUCCACAAAUUCAAUUUUGAUGUGGAUAAAUCUACCCGUACGCUGUGGUUUGUAAAAUGUUGGGUAAAAGGAUGUACGUGGAAGCUUAGAGCUACACCAGUAGGUGAAUCUUCAAGGUUCACAAUCCGAAUAUAUGUAGAUGAACAUUCCUGCUCAGUAACAGAGCGUUCGUCUCGUUCUCGACAAGCUACUCCUGAAAUUCUUGGCCUCUUGUACAAAGACUAUAUUGGUGGGGUUGAUCGAACUAUUUUGCCACGUCAUGUUGAGAGUGCUAUGAACAUGAGCUUUGGAAUCAAGAUGGAUUACUGGAAAUCUCAUCGUACACUUAUAGUUGCUAGAGAUCUCGUAAUGGGUUCAUCGGAGAAUGGAUAUGAGGAGUUACCUUCUUACCUGCACAAGAUUAGAAUGGCAAAUCCUGGGACCUUAGCUCGACUGGAAGUUGAUGCAAACAAUAGAUUUAAGUACUUAUUCCUUACAUUCAGCGCUAGCAUUACUGGCUUCCCAUUUAUGAGAAAGGUUGUGGUGGUUGAUGGUAUUUUCUUGCAAGGAAAAUACAAAGGAACACUUCUCAUUGCAACAUCACAGGAUGCUAAUUUUCAGAUAUUUCCGAUAGCAUUUGCUGUGGUUGACACAAAGAAUGAUGAAUCAUGGACAUGGUUCUUCCGUCAACUCAGCCGUGUGAUACCCGAUGAUGAAGGAUUGGCCUUAAUUUCUGAAAGGCACAAGUCAAUAAGGAAGGCAAUUUCAGUGGUCUAUCCAUUGGGUAGCACGGGAAUUUUCACGUACCACUUAUAUAAGAACAUCUUAUUACGGUACAGAGGACGUGAUCUGUUUGGUUUGGUCAAAAAAGCUGCGUACUCUUUUAGGUUAGCUGACUUUGAAGCAAGCUUCGAGACGAUUAAAGGGUUAAAUCCAUAUUUACAUGCAUAUUUGGAACGUGCUGAUGUGUGUAAGUGGGCUCGAGCGCAUUUUAGAGGUGAUAGAUAUAACAUCCUUACAAGUAACAUAGCUGAAUCCAUAAACAGAGCUUUGUCAGAUGUGAGAAGCUUGCCAAUUGUUCGCCUUUUAGAGUCUAUCCGAUUAAUGAUGACACGUUGGUUUGCAACAAGAAAACAUGAUGCUGACUUGAUGAAAACUUCUCUGACUCGUGGUGUGGAGAAGUUGUUGGAGGUAAUAUAUGUAUAA